AAUUAAGCUAAUGGAUCGUCACGAGACGAAGCGAACUCUAGAAGAAUAUCUUGUCAACGUGAAAGAGGCAGUUCCUCCGGCUCCCUACAGACUCUUUAUGAAAGUACUUAGAGCUGCAGUUGGAACUUAUCUCAUCAAUCGAGACGUCACCACUGGGACCUUCGAUCAGAGAGAGUUUAACUUUACAGCUGUUGACCAUGCGACCUCUAAAGUUCGUGAACUGGUCGACUUUCUUGGUUUCAAAGCAGUCACUUUGGUAUAUCUGCAGUAUCUUGUUUCCCUCUAUGCUCCAUGCAUGUGUUGUACGUAUGUACAGGAGAACGGCUUGUGUCAAGAAAUGAUUAUAGCAGAUCAUGAAGUAAGCAGACCGUGUCUAGUAGUAUUUGAUGAACUGAGUACCGAAGAGUUGGCGUGCACAACGUGUCCCAAUGUAGACGAUCUACUGCACAUCAGCAGCGUUCCUUUGCUGGUGGCUCAUCUUGCCUGUAACUAUCACUUGCGUUUUGAGCACUUUUUAUUGACAACUCGUGACGACUUGAUGCCAGUUUUGCAAGAAGAUAUACUUGCUGCUGGCCAAUGUGUUGAGCAUCUUACUGCAAAGAUGGGAGUGAUGUUGGAGGGUAGUGAAUGCCGUCUGUCUUGGAACAGAUUGGAGCAAGCGGCACAGGAGCGUUUUGCUGGUCAUUCCCUAAACGACCAAUUAGAGAACAUGUUUGUUGAGCAUGCAAAGCAACUCUUACAAGAAAUACGUCUUAAAGUGCCGACAGUAAUAGCGGAAAUUCUUUCUAAAUUGUUUGAUUUACACAGAACAGCUUCAAUUGUUGGUCAUGACAAGCUUCUUGUUGGAGAGGACCUCAGCAAUUACUUGGAUUGUUCAGACUUUAUUGGUUUUGUUUGUCCUACCGAUCGAUUUUCAUCGAGCAUUGCUGUUUCAAAGGCUCUCCUCAUGAAGUCACUCGAUAGCUCUUUGACUGCAGUCGAGAUGCGCAAUGUGGCACAGGCUGUUAUAUGGCAAACACGAAAUUUUAUCUAUCAUUUUGAACCAGAUAUGAUUGUUUCAGCAGACUCUCUGCCAUUGACUACUCUUGAAAGCAAUACUCUCACUACAUCAUCUACUACUGAUACCACAAAUGAAUCAUCAGAAGAAGAAAGUGCAUCUGAAAACAUUUAUUCAGCCAGCGUUUACCCACCUGAAACUCAACCGUCGGUUAGAGAGGCGAUGGUUGCAUUGCGUGAGUCUGUUGGUGCAUACCCGUGGAGGUUGUUCUUGAAAUUUGUGCGCAAAUCUGUUGUGGAACACAUGAAAAACAGCGACAGCGCAAAAGCGUCGAUUAACCCUCGUGAUUGGAAUAUAUCUGCUGUCUAUUUUGAUAGUCACCUUGGACGUCAACUGAUGGAGCGGAUUGGAUACCGAGAACUUGAUUGGGAAAGUCAAACAGUAACUACGCAUGACUUGAUCAUGUCGAAUGUUGGACAACAUGGAGACCAACUUGCUACAUUCAAACAGCUGGCAGACGAAGAACUGGCUUCGACAGAAUGCCCGGGCGUCGAGCAGUUUAACGAAAUCGGUAGCAUACCGUUGUGGGUUGCGCACUUGGCUUAUAAUUUCCUCGUUCGAGUAGGGCUUACCAUUCUAACCGUCGACGUCCAGUUGUUUGAAUUAGUGAUGGAGGACAUUCACUGUGGUUUGGAAUGCAUCGAAUAUCUUGCAUUAAAGUUGAACAUCAUGGAGCCCGAAAGUAGCUGCCAGCAAGUGUGGCAUAUAACCAGACGAGCAAUAGUAGCAUACAUCGAUAAUCGAGAGAAGGAUUUUAUGGGCGAAGUAGAGAGUCACUUGGAGUCAUUUUCAAAGCAACUAUUGAGUAAACUUUCGACGACAGUACCUUAUUCACUUGUUUGUAUUUUCAAUCAUAUUUGUGUUGUUGCAAGUGCUGCUCAGACGUGUGCGUCAGGAGAAAUGCUCGAUGCAGACGAUGUUGCUUUCUUUUUGGGAAGUUUUGAUGACAUGCCGUCUCGUUGUAUGUCAGAGAGAUACGUUGAGAGUGUAGAAAGGAUGCGAUGUUUACUGUUGAAGUCGUUCGACGAACGUCUCGCCUUAGGAGAUGUGUUGAGAAUAUCGGAGAUCGCGGUGUGGCAGUUGAGAAAUUUUCUUUACCAUUUCCGGUCUCAAAACGUGUUCGAUUCGCAGACAAAUCCGUUGUGUGAAGAAAGGCUGCUCAUCACAGGAGGCGGCGUCGUCGACGCUGAUGUGUCACGCGAAGAUCAUGAUGAGAAACAAGAUGUGAGUGAAAAGACGGAAGACGAGAAGACGGACGAGGACGACAGCAAACCUGCUGAGAGUAAAAGUUUAGAAUUAUCAAAACAAGUGAGGUUGUCGUCGUCGUCAUCAAAUGCAAGAGAAAGUGCAGCAACAUAUGAUGAAUUGCAGUCUAACGAUCAGGAAGAUAAUGGAGAAUUGGACGAUUGUAAUUCAGUACUCUCAAUAACUACAGAUUCGUUACAAGAGAUUCGGAGUUGCUUGGCUUGUUGUCGUAGUAGGAAAGAAAUUGCGAAGCUUGAGGCGGAUGUUUGUUGUCUUAUCUCUGCGGAUGUGCGUAAGCACAGAACUCUGGAAAAUGAUCUUCAAGAGUUGCAGUCAGUCUUGUUGCCUCAAUCUGAACUGCCGGGCGUUGUUUGUGCUGCUUUGAAAGAGGAAAUAAAGGAGAAAACGUCCUUACUUGCUGACGCGACGGAGCGGCUCACCGAGUUAGAUCACUUGAUGACGCAUGCGCUGAGAUUAUCUUGCACUCGUAGUUGCACGGUGGAGCAGUUAUUGGCAACGGUGGACGCGUCCAGGGUUUUAGACGUUGUUUUGAAGGCAAGCCGGACGGAUACAAUCAUUUUCGACUUGCUUUGCGGUGUAAUUUAUUUGUUAUCCGCAAACGAAAUUCGCAGCAUCGCCUGUCACAUGGGGAUGCAAGCAGAUCUCAGCGUAGAUAAUAUUGUUCGACUUGUCAAGCGGCAAACUGGCAGCAAGCGGUAGCUAUGCUGAGUCUGAUUAGUUAUGGUUUCAUGCAACUAUAAGCAAUGACGAUCAGACCAAAAGCGAAAUAUCUAGACACAGUAACACAUAUGCUAUCGCAAACGCCAUACACACUCAACUGCUAGAUGUGUACUCUAGAUGGGAGCUUGACUUACUUACGGUACUUGCAUGAUUUGAAUGUGCUGGCAAAGUUUAUAAAUUUUUAGCGGCCAUUUGCAGUAAAAAGUGUAAGUGUACAACGAUUGUAGAUGACUUUAGAAAAUACGAUUAAUA